AUGGAGCCCGAAAAAUCAAGCGACGGAUACGGCGAAACAGAUAAUGCGUUGACCACUGCCUUACCGUCGGAAAUAGCUAGGAUUGGAACCAAAAGCGAUGGCAUUGGAGGGCGAGAGGAGCAGGAAUGGGACAGCUCUAACGGUUUUCCGGCUCGCGACGAUUUCGGCGCGACUGGCGCAGCCGGAGCGCCGGGACGGGCAAGUUCCAAUGAAAAUGACUUAAGCCAGCCGCGCGAGGCCCCGUUCCCCCUGCGCCAGCGCCACCGCCUGCAGCUGCACGUGGCCAUACCCGGCAGUCCCGAGGGGCACGAUGGGGGAGCGCAAGGCGGAAGCCACAGGGCGGGGGGGGCGGGUUCCGGGGCCGGCGCUAGCGCAGCGAAUGCGCGCAUAGGCGCGGGCACGGGCAUGGGGAUGGGGGGAGGCAUGGGUACGGGUGGCGCAGGGAUAGAGUUAGACACCGGAGGCCUCCCAUGGAGCAUGGGGGAUGGGAUGGGGGCAUCAUUCUUGUCGUAUUCAGGGGCAGGGGCAGGGGUGGGAGCAGGGGCAGGAGCGGCAGCAGGGGGUGAGCUGAGUCCCCCCAGCAGGGCGGUGGAUGCGCUCAUUGGGAGCUCCGUGGAGUCGUUCCUCUUUGAUGACAUGGACAGCUUCUUUGGAGCAUCGCUAAGCAGCAUUGUCACCUCCCCUACUGCCACCUCCCCUACUGUCACAUCCCCUCCCGCCUCCUCCGCUCCUGACAUCCUCACCAUCGAUCAGCCCUCCUCCCCUUCCUCCUCUCUCUCCUCCCCCACACUCCCCUCCUCCCCCUCUGCUGCUGCGACCAGCCCUGGAUCGACCACUCAUGAGUUGUCCCAGUUACCCUCUCAUCCCUCCUCCCAACCUCCUUCAUAUCCGCCUGUUUCGGCGGCGUCCUCUGCAGCUGCUGAGUCAGAUGGUCUAGCUGAAGCAGGAAAGAGCACGCCUCUAGGGGGCUUGUCCCUCCCCAACAGCAUUCACAGCAGCGUAUCCUCCGGCAAACCAGAGGUGCUGAACCGUCUGGGAGUGGGCCUGGAGGUGUUCCCUUCUGACCUCCGGAGCCCUUCUGAUGCGCAUGCUCGCAGUCCCUUUGGCCUGCGCAGCCCUGCUGCUGCUGCUGCAUCUGACCCUGCUCUGCCCUCCUCUCCUUCUCGCAUGCGCCGCCGCAGCAGGCAUGGGGUUCCUGGGCCAGGUGCUGCUGCUGCUGCUGCUGCUGCGGGUGGAGUGGCUGGUGCGGCCUCGCCCCCACUGCACUCCAUGGUACCGCUGCUGCACUCCCUUCUGGCGCAACUAGACUCGACAGGCCUGGCUGGGGGGAAGGGGAAAGAGGCGGAAGGGCAGCAGGGAGGAGAGAAUGAGGGCGUGAUGAGGGGUGGAGUGCGGUGGGAAGGAGCAGGGGGGCGGGAUAGGGAGGGGGAGGAGGGUGAAUUGGGUCAAAGGGUUGGGAAGAGGGAAGCGGCUAGGGAACUUGAGAAAGCUCUCAGAACUUUCCUAGGCACGAUUGGGGAGAGUGGUGGAGUGGGGGGGGUGGCGGUGGCAGGGGGGGGUGUUCUGGGGAGAGGAGGAAAGGAAGGGGGGGAAAGGGAGGGUGGUGAGGAGGCAAGGGUGCAUGGGAGGGAGGGGAGUGCAGGGGAGUGUAGGGCUCCGGUUGACGACGGGUCAGGUGAAAUGUCAGGUGAGAGGGCAGGUGAAACGUCAGGUGAGGCGGUGGUGGGGGAGAGAGGCGUGGGUGUGGGAGGAGAAGGGGUGGGUGGUGGGGAGGAGGAGCGGGGGAAGCUGCGUGAGAGUGCCGUUGGGGAGGAAGGGGAGACCGGUGGGGACGAAGAGAGAAGGGGGCAGCAGGGAGAGAGGAGAGAGGAGGAGGGGCAUCAGGUUGUGACCCUGGACAGCAAUCCGGGAAGCAGUGCACGCAGCAGCUUGGGAAGCAGUUCGAGAAACAUCAUCGACAAGAGCGUGGAUAGCAGUCAGGAUCGCAGCCUGGGCAGCAGUAUAAACAGCACUGUUGCUUGUGGCCGGGACUCCAGUGCUUCUUCUGGUGAUGGUGCUGUUGGCGGUUGCAGCAGGGCAGGCGAGGGUACAGGCGAGCUAGGGAGUGGUGGGUUACCGCUGGUGAAGGGAGGAGAGUCGAUUGUGGGAGAUGUGGGAGGAGGUAGGCUGGGGGCGGAGGGGAAGGGGAGAGAUGAUGGGUUGGGGAGAGAGGAGGGGACAGGAAAGGAGAUGGAGGAGAGUCGAGAACAGGAAAGUGGAAAAGAAACACAGAGGGAGGGGGAGGAGCAGAAUGCGAGUGUGGAAAAGGAGGAAAGGGAGGAAAAGGAGCAGAGAGAGGGCGAUUUGUCGUCAGAGGAGGAGUUUUAUGAGGCAGAGGAAGGAGGGGAUGGCAUGAGCGAUGGCAUGAGUCUAGGCCUGGGGGAGGAGGAAAACGCUGUGGUUGACGCUUUCCUCAACUACCGGGAUGACGAUGAGGGGACAGCGGGGGCAGAGGCGGCAGAAGUGGGAGAGGGUGUAAAGGACGUGGAGGGGGCGGAGGGGCGAGUGGGUUCGGAGGGGGGAGAGGGUGGGAAAGGGGCAGAGGGGGAAAAGGGAUCUAUUUAUGAGGCGUCCCAUAAAGAGGGGCGGGCAGGAGGGGGGCACGAGACAAGGGGAGCAGUGGUGGGCGUUUCUGUGGAUGAGGGGGAGAAGGUGGAGGAGGGGAAGAAGCAGGGAGGAGGGGAGGAAGGAAGGGAGGACGAGAGGAGGGGAGCAGUGGAGAAGGAAGAGGAGGGGGAGAGAGAGGAAGAAAAGGGAGAGAAGGUGGUGAAGAGUGGUUUGAAUGGAAGAGAGAGCCAGGAGGAGGGGGAGAUGGGAGAUGGAGGGGAGAAGGGGGUGGAGAAAAGGGAGAAGGAAGCAGCAGCAGCAGCAGCAGCAGCAGCAGCAGCAGCAGCAGCAGCAGCACCAGAAGCAGCAGCAGCAGCAGCAGCAGCAGAAGCACCUGCAGAUGCGGCAGCGGCAGCAGUGAAAGGAGAAGCUGACAUCCUCACAGGAGGAGGAACACUUCAUCAAGCAUCACAGGCACCAGAAGAACCACUGGCAGCAGGAGCAGUGGCAGGAGACAGGCGGGAUGUGGGUGCACCUGCGCUGGAAUCACUAACAACCGAACCUACGGGUCCAGCUUCUCCUGGUGAUGAUGCGUCGCAUAUGGCCCCAGCUGCCUCUUCCCUUGACGCUGCGUCUGCCCUUGCCUCUUCCUCCCCAUCUGCCUCCACUGCGCCUGCACUUCCGGUCCCUGCUGCUGCUACACUUGCUACAGGCGCCACAACUGCUACAGCCGCCACAACUGCUACAGCCGCCACAACUGCUACAGCCGCCACAACUGCUACAGCCGCCACAACUGCUACAGCCGCCACAACUGCUACAGCCGCCACAACUGCUACAGCCGCCACAACUGCUACAGCCGCCACAACUGCUACAGCCGCCACAACUGCUACAGCCGCCACAACUGCUACAGCCGCCACAACUGCUACAGCCGCCACAACUGCUACAGCCGCCACAACUGCUACAGCCGCCACAACUGCUACAGCCGCCACAACUGCUACAGCCGCCACAACUGCUACAGCCGCCACAACUGCUACAGCCGCCACAACUGCUACAGCCGCCACAACUGCUACAGCCGCCACAACUGCUACAGCCGCCACAACUGCUACAGCCGCCACAACUGCUACAGCCGCCACAACUGCUACAGCCGCCACAACUGCUACAGCCGCCACAACUGCUACAGCCGCCACACUCAAUGCACCUGCCACCGCCACGGCGUCGCCUACAUCAGCAGCACCCACCCCGCCACCAGCCACACCAAAUGCCACCACCACACCGCCUGCCACCACCACACCACCUGCCCCACGAGUACCUGGAUCCAUGCUCCUCCACACACCCUCCCAAAAGCUCACCCCCACCACCAUCCUCCCCCGCCCCGCUCCCACUCCCACCAACACCCACACCACCACUCCUCCCAAGAGCCACUCCCCCACUGACCACCACUCCCCAUCCUCCCUCUCCUCUCCUCUCCACUCCUCCCCCCCAGCUCACACCGGCCCAGUUUCCACCUCUCCCACAUCAUCGCACCACUCUCCACCAUCCCACACAUCUCCGCAAUCCCACUCUUCAUCUUCCACCACCAACAAUCCCCAUUCCCCUUCCCACAGCUCUUCCAGCAAGUGGGGUUCAGGGGGUUCCCUUCCCCGUCCCCUCCGCUCCUCCUCCCUCAAGGUUUCCUCCUCGCUCUCUCUCUCUGCUGCAGGCUCAAAACUCAUUUCUCGUGUCCGGUCUGUUACUCGGUCGAGAAGCAGUGGGGGGAGUGCGGGUAUGGGGGGGACUGGAGGAGGAGGGAGUGGGGAUGGGGGGGGUGGUGCAGGGUCCGGGGAGGGUGGGAGUCCAGCAGGGGUGGGGAGGGAUGGGGGGGUGGAGGAGAGGAGUGAGGAGGGGGGUAUGGGAGAUGGUCUGAGCGGUGAGGGGGGUGAAAAGGGAUUGGAUCAGGUGGAGAGCGGUGGUGGGGGACGUGCAGUAAUAGCAGGUUUGCUUGAUGGUGAUGUGGCAUCGAGGGCUGAAGAGGCGGUGGGAGAGGGGAGAGGUGGGGGGAAGACAGGGGGAGACGACAGGAAUGAUAAAGGAGGAAAAGGGCUGGAGAAAGGAGGUGAAGCAAAACAACUACCAAUAAAUCAGCAACAACUACAAGUUGGGGGAGAAACUAAGCAUGCAGAUGUGGACAACUCGACUUCUCCACUGCACACCAUGGACUCUCUGGCUGCUGCCCGGCGUAGAGCUGGCUUCACCUGCUGUUUCCUCGUCAGCGGUUUGACCAUCCAAUCACCGAAAGGCGACGGAUCUCCGCCGCUUCUGUCAGACGUGAGCCUCGAAGUUCCACGUGGCGAAAUCACCGUGCUUGUCGGGCCUAGCGGCAGCGGCAAGACCACUCUCUUACGCACUCUUAAUCGCCUUACCGAGCCGCCUCGGAACUCCGUGUUCCUCGAUGGCACCGACAUAACUUCCUCGAAGCUUCCUGUAAUCACCCUCCGGCGCCGCGUUGGCAUGCUCUUCCAGACCCCGAGCCUCUUCGACGGAACCGUCGCCGACAACAUCAGGUUCGGGCCGAACCUCGAGGGUCGGCAGCUUCCAGACGAGAAGAUCCACGAGUUACUCAAUCUCUCCGGGCUCGAGCCGUCGUUCGCGGAGCGGGAUUCGCGGAGCCUAUCCGGGGGACAGGCGCAGCGCGUGGCGCUCGCGCGCGCUCUUGCGAACGACCCCGAGGUGCUGCUAUUGGACGAGCCGACGAGCGCGUUAGACCCCGCGGCGACUCUUAAAGUGGAGCAAGCCGUUCAGACGCUGUGCCGUGAGCGAGGCCUGACGGCGGUUUGGGUCAGCCACAGCGCGGAGCAGGUGCUGCGCGUGUCGCACUCGCUCGUGCUGCUGCACAACGGCGCGGUCGCCGACGCGCUGCCCACGGCGCUGCUGCGCUCCCCGGACCCAGCUGUGCGCGCCGCGCACCACCUCGUGCACGAUCAGGCAGUCAGGCCAGGCAGUAACAGAACCCAGCAAGUUCCCUUCCCACUACGGCGUGCCCUGCACCUAGUGCACAUGGCGUUUUUCUCCUCCCUCAUCGCCUCCUCCUCUGCGUUUCUCCUCCACGCGGCUGUCUCAUGGUGGGAGGAUGACGUGGCAGCGUUCCUCACAGGGAUUGGCCGCACGCUAGCAGCAACAGCCUUAGUAGCAGCAGCCGUGGUUCUAUCCCACAUCAACUCCCUUGGCCUUGAAAUGGACAUGCUCCUCUCCUCCCUCAGGGCCUUCCUCCAGCUCUGCGUCAUCGGCUUUGUACUCAAUUUUGUCUUCUCCGUUACCGGGAUAGUCUCGGUGCCUCUCAUCUUCCUCACCUUCUGCUUCAUGGUUACCGUCGCGGGGGUUACCGCAGCCUCCCGUGCCUCUCUCCCGGCUCUGCGCCUCGUCACCUGUGCGUCGAUCUUCAUCUCCUGCUCCGUCUCCCUUGUCGCGCUGCUGCUCCUUCGCAUUUUCCCAGCCACUCCGCGCUUCCUCAUUCCGGUAGCGGGGAUGCUUGUCGGCAAUGCAAUGACGGCCACAGGGGUGGCACUGCGUAGAUUGCGAGAAGAUCUGAAGUCAAGCGCAGCACAGGUGGAGGCGGCAUUGGCAUUGGGAGCAAAUCCUAUGCAGGCCGCAGCAACACUCAGGAGAAGAGCGCUAGUGGUUGCUCUAGCCCCUCUCCUUGACUCAACCAAGACUGUGGGUUUGAUUUCACUGCCGGGAGCAAUGACUGGGCUGAUUAUGGGUGGCGCAUCCCCCUUUGAAGCCACGCACUUGCAGAUUAUAGUCAUGUAUAUGCUUAUGGCGGCGGCUACUGGGAGCAGUGUGCUGGCGGUUUCGUUUGCGUGGGGACACUUUUUCACACCAGCGUUUCAGCUCAGAAUGACAUCUUUGUCGUGA